UUGAUUACAGUAAACAAAGAUAGCGAGUGGAUAGGAAAAUGAACCAGUAGCAUGAUUUUUCUUCAUCUUGUUUAGACAAACAAUUCAAAAGCAACACUGUAAUGGCUUCAAUACCAUUGUCAUCUUCUACAACAUGCACACUUCUUUCUCAAAAGACUUCAACUUUUGUGCCUAAAUUCAGCUCCCAGUUUCUGGGUAUUAAGAGUAAGGUCAGUCUGGUAAGAAUUGGACCCUCUAAUGGGUCAAGAGUUAAGUGUUGGUUCAACUUUCGACAAAAUGCUGAAGGUGCUGGCAUUUAUGGUAGCCAAUCCCGUGAUGACUUUGAUAGAGAUGAUGUUGAGCAGUACUUUAACUACAUGGGGAUGCUUGCUGUUGAAGGAACAUAUGAUAAAAUGGAGGCUCUUCUAAGUCAAAACAUUCAUCCAGUGGACAUCAUAUUGAUGCUGGCUGCUUCAGAAGGUGACAAGCCGAAACUUGAAGAAUUAUUAAGAGCCGGAGCAAAUUACGAUAUCAAGGAUCCCGAUGGCCGGACCGCCCUUGAUCGAGCUGAUGAUGAAACUAGGGAAUUCAUCCUUCAAUUUUCAGCUCAGAAGGCAUGAUAUGUAUUUGCCUGGUCUGGAACAUUUGAUUUGUAUGUUUCUUUAUAGCUAUUGAUCCAUUAACUACGGUAUGUAAUUCUACCAUUUGAUAGGUUGUCUUAAUGUAUCAUGUGAAUCUAGCUUAGUAUGUGGAAGAUUGAUUUAUCAGGUCAUGGCUAUCUGAUGUGAUUAAUCUGAAUUGAUUCUGAAA